AGCACAAUCAGUGUAGAGCAUAAAGUGUUCGACAGAUUGUCUCAAAGAAACUCAGUCUAUCUUGUCGAUUCAACUGCUUACUAUUUCUAGUAUCAUAUUUAUGAAUUCAUCGAAGCUGCAAAACAUGAUAAAGGAGUUGAAGGAAGCUCUCCGUUUCGCUGCGUCCUUUAGUUUUUGGAGAAUGGCCGUGUUUUGGACCAUCUCACUCUUGAUUCCAUACUUCCAGUUACUCAGCAAGAGGAUAUUUUCCCGCCAAGCGCAAUCCUACCCCCGAUGUCUUCCUCCAAUCUCCGAGACUCUAACCCCUGUUUGCGUCAUCACAGGCGCUACAUCAGGACUAGGAGCUGCUGCUGCAUACGCUCUUUCACGGGAAGGUUUCUAUGUUGUUCUUGUUGGACGAUCAUCCCAUUUGUUAUCAAAGAUUGUAACAGAGAUAAAAGCCCAGAACGAAGAUGCCCUUGUCAAAGCUUUUGUGGUUGACCUGUCGUCGUUCCGAUCGAUUUCGGAGUUCAAAAGUUCGCUUCAGCAGUGGCUUUCGGAGUGCAAUAUGCAUUCUUCGGUGCAACUCUUGAUCAACAAUGCCGGGAUACUGGCAACAUCAUCGCGAAUCACACCUGAAGGCUAUGAUCAGAUGAUGGGUACAAAUUACAUAGGGGCGUUCUGUCUGACCAAAUUUCUACUACCUCUUCUGAAAAGAAGCCCCAUUCCUUCACGGAUAGUAAACGUUACGUCCUUUACGCAUCGAUGUGUUUUUGAUCUAAAGGUUGACAAGGAAGCGGUUUCCGGGACACGUUUCUUGAGAUCAGAACAAUAUCCGUGUGCUCUUAUCUAUGAGUAUUCUAAAUUAUUCCUGAUUCUGUUCUCGCAUGAACUCCACCAGCAACUCGGAUCAACGGAUCAACCUUGUCAUGUCUCUGUAAAUGCUGCUGAUCCUGGGUGUGUAAAAACCAACAUCAUGAGGGAAGUCCCUUCAUGUCUUUCGAAUUUAUCGUUUCGAGUUCUCGGACUGUUUGGCCUUUUGCAGUCACCCGAGAAGGGGGUUAGUUCCAUUCUUGAUGCAGCCCUUGCCCCACCUGAAGUAUCUGGGGUAUACUUUUUUGGUGGAGAAGGUAGGUGUGUGGAUCCGUCAAGGCUUUCACAUAAUGCAAAACUUGCAAAAACCCUUUGGGACAUAUCCGAUAAUCUGUUCAUGGAAGUGAGCCUUGCUUCCAAAGAAACAUCGAGCUCCUGGUCGGACAAUACGUCGUAAAAUAUGGAGGUGAAGAAGGCGAGAAAGAAAUGCGGAGGUGGUUUCCGGGAAAAAGGUUUCCCGUCAUCUGCUUUGAGUGAUGUUCGACUCAGAAAUGACUUGUGUGAAAUGGCAUGUGUUUGAAAAUGGCAUAAUGAUCAUGGUAUAAUUAUGUGUAAUGGUUGCUUCCUUCCUAG